GUAUGCGGACAGGUGGUGAUUAUGCUCGUACCAGUUAUGUGAGCCUAUCGCCUUCUAAUCAUCCUCCACCUCCUGUUUUGGGGACCGCACAUGUAUAUGACUCCUCUUUCCCCACCUCCUAUUUGGGGACCACACUGACUUUUAGUAACAGAGGCUGAAUGGCCUGUUGCUUCUGAAUCUGAUGCUUGUCCCAUUGCGCCUCCCCUCUUCUCAAUACAGCUCCUGUGCUUCUGUUGUAAAGGGGACUUCUCCUUAGAUGAAGAUAUGACAAGAACGGAGGGGAUGUCAUUGUUUAAACGGCAUCCACUUGAUUUGGCAGAAUUUCAUUCUUUGCUCCGCCUUCCCCACCUCCUGUUUGGGGACCACACAGGAAAAUGGCUCUGCCUCCCCCUUGUCCAUAUGAUCCAUAUGGAGGAAAUCAUAUACCUCCUAUACCAAUGCCUGCACCUUCUCCCGUACCUGCACCAGUUAGUUACCUGCCCGUACAGAACACAAAAGAUAACCCUCCUUGUAAUACAUUGUUCAUUGGGAAAUUGGGAGAGAACAUUAAUGAGGAAGAACUGAGGGGCCUUUUCAGCAUAGAACCUGGUUUCAAGCAAAUGAAGAUUUUGAGACAGGAAAAACAUACUGUUUGCCUUAUUGAAUUUGACGAUGUGAAUAGUGCUACCAAUGUGCACCAUAGUUUACAGGGAACCGUCAUUCCCUGUUCUGGUUCUCUUGGGAUGCGAAUACAAUACUCAAAGAACCCAUAUGGGAAGAAAAAGGAUUCUGCACUUGGAUGAGUGAACCUAGCAUGGGACGUGAAACAUGUUAUCCAGAUGGAGAAUGUGCAUUUGUGAGGAGGCAUAGACGAGUUUCUCUGAGAUCGUAUAUGGCUGUCAAAUUGAAUCACGUGCCUACACUUUGUGUUUGAUCUGGUAACAUGCCUUUUUUUGCUGAUCAUGCUAUCCAUGAUUAAUGUUUCAUCGUUAUUUGGCAUCUGUUCUCUGUCAGCUUUUAUUUUGCUCAGCUUAUGGUGAAAAAUAGGUUGGGUUUGAAGGUUGUCUCGUGGUGGUUAUUUUGCUCGCUGUCACGACUCACAUCAGUGCUUUACCUACUAAAUAGUCCCAUAGUUUGUUGACAUAAGGAAAUGCAUUGAGCUGAUAUCUCCCAUGGCUUCUUAUUUUUUGCUAUGGGGUUCUAGUGACUGAGCAUGCCAUUUCCAUGCGGUGAGGUUGCGGACUUCGAAGAUUUCAAUUGAUGCCGUGUCUUGUUGAUGUUGGAGGGAUUAAUUGAUCACGAUCUUUGUCUGCAUAACAGAUGGCAUUACAUGAAGGGACAUAUCAUUGUCCCAUGGAUUAUUUUUAUGCCAGACUCUAAUAGUUGAACAUGUCAUGCUGAGGCAGUAUGUGCUGAAGAUUACAUUGCAUGGAACUGAUGGUUUACCAUAUUUUUUUUGGCAUUAUGAGGGCUAGUUUUUCGGCCUUGUGGGUAUCUUCAUGGGAUCGGAUCAAUUAGAUGAAGCAUAGAAGUUACUGCCAUCAUGCUGCUUUACUAUAUAGGGUGUUGGAAGCAUGACAUUUACAACGAAUGUUGGGGUAUUGUGUGUUGCUCUUGCUUGCCUGAUUGUGUGCCGGAGUUUUCUCUGUGAGAAACAGGAAAAGCUUUCAUAUGUCGAGGAAGAAAAGUAUGCUGGACUACUGUUUUCCCGGUGAUUGGUGGGAAUUUUUCACAUUCAUCCAGUUUCGAGAAUGCCUUGAUUUUUGUGAUUGGCAACGUUAUGGGUCCGAAAGAGUGUGUUACAAGUCCAGCUUUUGCGGUGUGGGAUAAUUCGAUGAUGGGCUGGCUCCCGUGAUGAACUUUGGACGAAUAAAAAUUGCAGGUGCUUCAGUGGAUGCGUAAUUUUUCUAUUUCUGGUCUGGAAUGCUUUUUUUUUUUUUUCAUUCAUUUUACUGAUGUUGUUUGGGAGAGGGGAAAAAAAUUAUAUUGCGCCAUUUUUGCGGUUAAUAUUACCGCCGUUGACUGCAACAAGAAUGAACAUUUUGGUUGGCCUGGCUUCACUCAGAUAAUAAAAUAUGUAUAAAUAUAAUUUGUAUGAAGAA